AUGAGUCUGAGUGUAGAAAAAGAUGGAGAAUUGAAAUCCUAUGUUAAAGGGUCACCUGAAAAGUUAAGGGAAUUGAUUAAGUAGCAAAGUGUACCAUCAAGUUUUUAUAAACUUCUGGAUUUCUACUCAAAAUUAGUAAUUAGAAUAUUAGCUUAUGGAGCAAAAACAUUAUCAAAGAAUCAAAUCAUAAUGAUGUGGAAUCUAAUCUCACUUUUAUUGGGUUAUUAAUCAUCUACAACAAAGAUUAUAUAAAUACUUUAAGAUGGAUGUAUAAGGACUAUUAUGGUCCUGGGAGAUAAUGUUCUAACAGCUAUUUCAGGUGCCAGAUAAUGUUCUAUAAUUUAACCUAACUAAAGUAUAUUCUUAGGGGAUAUUAGAGAGGAGAAAAUCAAUGGGAAGAAUUAAAUUGUAUGGAAAGAUUUUGAUAUGAGUGAUAAUGUACUCAAUCCAGAAAAUCUAUCUCCAAAAUUAUUUGGAAUUAAUUAUCAAUGA